AGCCCUGCUGGCCCAAGCCGACCAGCAUCUCGGCUGCCAAGCAGGCCUCCCGUCGACGCUGCCGCGCUCCCCCCUCCCCAGACUCCCGACGAGGAGGAGGAGGAGGGAGGUGCAGGCCGCAGCCCCUGCAGACCACGCCCUUCGCCGUCGCCCACCCGUCCUCGCCCAUGCCCCGCGCCGACCGGGCGGCGCCCCGCCGCCCGCGGCGCGCACGCGCCGCGGCCGCGGCCGCCCUCGUGGCCGCCGCCGGGGGCGUGCUGGCGUUCGCGCCAGCGGGGGCCGCGUCCCGGCCUGCGGCGGCCGAGGCCCGGCCGAGCGAGGCGCAGCUGGAGGAGGCCGCGGCGGCGGAGUCCCGGGCCUUCGGGUUCGGGGCCGGCGCGGUUGGAGCGAUUCCCGACACGGCCAGAGCGGAUGAGGAGAGGGUAGAUUUCUCCUACAGCCCGAAUGCGUUCGACGACAAGGUUUUUUCUGCAGCACCUCUCAGCUUCCAGCAGCUGUGCGACCUCUCGGAGAUGCUGGAGUGGAUCGCACUCGGGAUGUCAGUGGCUGUUGUUGUGGCUCUCUUCCGGUUCGGCCUGGACGGGAGUGCAGCAAGGCUCAUUGGUACCGUCCGCUCAAGUGUCAUUUGCGCUGCAGUUUGCGUCGUGGUCGAUAUACUGUUAGUAGGAGCUGCUGGUGGCCGUCCACUGCCAGGCCUGUUCCAGUCUUACUACUGAGCGGCUUGCAACUGACCAGUGCCCGAGCAAGGAGAACUUGCUGACCCGUGGCGCUGCUCAUGGUAUGCUUGUAGGCGCGACCCGAAGGGUUCCCUGACUGACCAGGACGUGGACAACGCGAGAGGGAUGAGGCAGGUACAUAGGGGGUCCAGGAUAGGUUAGGACGCGGCGACGUGAUAGUACCGUCCGCUCCGGGUGGCGUGUCAAACUAGUUUGAAUAUUUCUGUUGUUUGAAUGUUUUUUUGUCCCGCGAUGCGCCCCCCUAUCUUUACCUUUCCCAGUAUAUUUCUCGUUCUUAUUCUCUUUCUCU